AUGUUGGAAGCAAAUCCACUAAGACAAGAAAUAGUACGCGAAUUGGAAUUCCUCCAAUCGAUGGGUACGAAAAUAUUUCUCUACCCAUUCAUUGGUAGAAAAAUGCUGGAAAUGUUUGGAUACAUCAUAACUUAUAUCCUUGUUCUCUGCACUGCCGUUCAACUUGCGCUCACUCUAUUUUCAUUUAGCACCAAAGAUUGGCUGGAGAUCAUAAAUGUGGCUCCAAAUUUAGGCGUAGUCGUCAUGACUGUUAUAAAAUACACGAAAAUUCAAAUACAUAAGGAACUUUAUGACGAAAUAUUCAACCAUUUCCGUGAUGACAUGUGGAAUAUCGUUGGACAAAAUUCGCCCGAACACAAACACAUCAUUAUGAAGUAUAAAUGGAUAACUGUAAUGAUCAAUCGGUUUUUGCUCUAUUAUUCAAUACUUUUGACUAUAGUCGUGAAUUCUUUUCCAUAUCUAGUUAUGUUGUAUGAAAAUAAAGCCAAUGGAGUCACGGAUGAAUAUUUAUAUCCUUUUGACGGUUGGUAUCCUUUUGACAAGGUGAAAUGGUACACGGGUGCCUAUAUCUGGGAAAGUUGCAUGACGGCAGUCGUUGUAUGCGUGUAUGGAUUUUCAAAUAUGAUACACGCUUCGUACAUUAUAUUUAUUUGCAUGGAACUAAGAAUACUUGGAAAUUGCUUAGAAGAAAUAUUAAGUCCUGAAAAUGUUGCUGAAUUAUCCGAAGGACGUAACGUUACCCUAAUUCAUAGCACAGUUAUAAGAAAGUUAAAAAUAAUAAUAGCAAAACAUGAGUUUUUAGCAAAAAGAUCGGCUAAGCUCGACGCAGUUUUGGGAGAUGCAAUGCUUCUAAACUAUUCCCUGGGAGCUAUAUUCAUUUGUUUAACGGCUUUCACAUUCAUGGUUGUAGAUAAUUUGUACAAAUCGGUGCGGUAUUUUUUCAUGUUUGCAUCACUGCUUGUUGAGAUAUUUAAUCAAUGUUUCAUUGGACAAGUUUUAAGUGAUCAUAGCGAAAACCUAACAAAUGCUGUGUAUUUUUCCAACUGGCCAAAUGCGAGUCCUGAAGCGAAAAAAAUCAUGCUCAUGCUAGUGAUGCGUACUCAAAAACCUUUCGAAUUAACUGGAAAUGGAUAUUUCGUUAUGAAUAUGAACACAUUUAGCAGCAUUUGCAGCACAUCAUAUCAAUUUUUCAAUUUACUGAGAACAGUUUAUCUUUAG